AUGAGUAAAAACAUAAGUCCAUUUAAAAGAACGUCUUUAGCAGAUAGAAUAAACUUGGAUGAAAUAUCGUUAAUUAAUGAAAAAAAACCUAAUAAAAGACAUAAUGAAGAAAAUAUAAUACAAAUUGGAAGAAAUAAAAAACUAAUAGAAAGAAUAAAGAAAUUAUCUCAAGAGAAGCUAAAAACAAUUUAUGAAAUAUUAUUUGGAACGUCACAUGGUUCAACUAAUUUAUUAAAAGAAAUAUUAAAUUUUAAAGGAUACAAUCAUAUCACAAAAGAAUCUCCUGAAGUUAUCAAAAAAUUAAUAAUGAAAAGACUUCUUCAAAGACCAAAGGAAGACGUUAAAUUCUUUGCUAAAACAUUUAAACUUAGUUUAAAUGAAGAAUAUAAUGAACUUUGUUCAAAUAUAUCUGAUUUUAUUUUUAAUCCUUACCUUGUUGAUGUAAAUGUUAUUUCACCAAAUGUAACUCAAGACGCUUCAACUAAAACCCCUCUUCCUCAUGUUCCAAUUGUGUCAACUACUGAAAACCAAUCACCUAAAACAUUAAAACCACAAUCAAAAAGAAAAUUAAAAGAGGAAAUGGUUCUUGAAAACUUAAAAACUCCAAAAAGUGAAGUAGAACAAUUGAUUAUAGAAUUACAAAAAGAUAUUGAAAUGGCAUUAGGGUAUUCAAUGAAAAUACCUCAACGACCAUCUCAAAUUAAUGACCUAAAUAAAGAUUUAAAAAAAGAAUCAAAAAUUCCUUCUGCUUCUUCAGUUCAAAAAAAAAGUACUAAAAGGCAAUCAAUAGUCAUGAAAAUUGGUGGUUCAGAAGACACCACAGAGUUAGAAGAAUUUGUUUUAUAA